CCCAGCCUGCCCUAUGGCUCUCCCCAGCCCCUUCUUCCCACACUCCCUCCCGCCGCCUGCCCCGCUCCGGAGCCGUUUGUCCCGUUCACACAUAAAAAAUCAGGACACGAUCGUCGGGGGCCAAGCGACCCCCCCCACCGCCCCCGCGCGUCUGACUCCCCGGGACCCCUGCUCCCGCUCCACGGGGGAUGCUGCCUGCGGACCGGCCCCUUCCCGGCUCCUCCCGCCGCACUGAGGCUCGGCCACGUCUGAAAGCGGCUCAUUGUCUGCGUGUCCAGCUCGGCGGCGUCUCCAGCGAGCGGGGGAAGCGGCUGCAGGUACCCGCUGGGCUUGGCGGGGGUCGCUACGUGGGAGGUUCGUUGGUUCCUUUCUGGGCUCACCCCAUGGCCAGUCCACCCCCCUGGCGAAACCCGCCUGACUCUCCCGAGCUCGGCUCCCCUGCCGGGCGGGGCAGUAGGACUGGCCCCUAGGGAGGCGCCACCCCUUCUCUCCCCAGCAGCAAGUCCCAGCUCCAACCCCCUCUGGCACUUGGGGGCAAAGGGGAGCGGAGACGAUGGGCUGGGGGUCAGGGCUCCCAGGGCUUGUUCCCGUUUCUCCAUGUAGCCUUGUUGUAGCUCUGUGGGCCGCAGGAUGUUGGAGAGACAAGGUGGGUGAGGGAAUGUGUUGGAUUGGACAUAGAGCCGCCCCUGCCUAAAAGAAGGUUAGCGUCUUGUUGGAGGAGAAAUCAGUGAUGGGGACUUGUACACAAGAAUAUACACCAGUCCUUGAGCACACUGUUCACAUAUGGCAUGCAUGAAAACCCUGCUUUCAGAAAUCUCAUCACAAACUUUAAUGCAUGGUUCCCAGGAAACAACUCUACCAAAAAAAAAAUAACUCUAGGUAGAAAGAUUAGCAUGAAUUUCUCCUGCUGUUUGCAAAAGCUUUCCCAAAAGAAAUUGCAUCACAAAACUAACAACAUUGCACCAUUUCUUCAAAGACUCUAUGCUAUUUCUGUGCAAAGAAAAAGAAAUUGUAAAAGCUUGUGUAACAGUACCAUUUGGUGAAUCCUGGCAUAUCAGAAUAAAUAAUAAGUAUUGUAAAAAUCUUUAUAUUCAGAUAAUAUGUGAUGGUUCUUGAGAGAGCCCCACUUUACUUUGCUACAACUUGUGAAAGAGUUUAGAAAAUUAUCAAGUUACACAAUUAAUAUGGAGAUAGAUUUAAUGUGUCCUAAAAAUAGCAUGACUGGGGAAUACAGCUGAAAAUAGUACAAACAUGUUUAAAUACCAAGGAAUACAUAUAAAUACCAGUAAUAUCCCAAGACCAAUUAAGAUAGCUGCACCACUAAGGGUCUGUCCACACAAGAGCUGGGAGGUAUCCUUCCCACCUCAGGCAGAUGUAUACAAGCUAGCUCUGCCCAAGCUAGCAAGCAAUGUGGCUGUGAGGGCAUGGGCAGCGGCUCAGGCUAGCCAACGAGUACUUACCUCUGAUGGGGUGUACUUAGGUGGUGAGCUUAAGAUGCUGUCUGUGCUGUCACAGCCACAGUGAUAUUUUUAGCUCAUUAGCUUGAGCAGAACUAGCAAGUGCACAUCUCCCCAAGUGAGGAAUUACCCCCACCUGUGAUGCAAAUGUGUCCUUUGAAAGGAAAUCCAGUGAAAUGGGUUUGUGGUUGGUUUAUGAUUUGAAAAAUGAGAAUUUAUAUAAUUUACAAAGUGGUAUGGUUAUUUCCAUAACUUUUUGAAUGUGUUGGGUAUAUAUGUGUAUUUCUGGAAUUGGUCCCUCCUGCAAAAUAAUAGGAGACAAAUCUAAUGUAUUGAAAAUAUCUGCUCUUUUGAGGUUCUUGUUUUUAUUUCAUGUGCUUCCUUGCAAUUUAUAUCAUACUUUGGAACGGAGAAAAAAAUCUCUAAUCUAGUCUCCUUCAUUAUACUAAUUUUAGUUGUAAUUUGUAACAAAAGUUUCAGAGAGAAGUAUAUAUAUAUUUUUAAAAUUCACAAUGCCUCUUUAAUCGCCACAAUAAUACAUAAAACAAAAGGAGUCUGGGAAGAAGACAUGGCAGACAUGUGAAUUAGAAAACUAACUACUGACAUGUAUUAGUUGCUUUCCUUCAGCCAGUAUGGUGAGACUUCGGAUUUCUAGCACCAUUGUUGUAGUUUUCCUUAUGAUUCAGACUGGAUUCUUACUAUUUAUGUAUGCUCGACAUAGCAGCUUCAUCCCUCAGUCUGAAGAGAAGCCAUCUCGGGUGCACAUCCUUAUUCUCUCUUCCUGGAGGUCAGGAUCUUCCUUCGUUGGCCAGCUGUUUAGCCAACACCCUGAUGUCUUCUACCUGAUGGAACCUGCCUGGCAUGUGUGGGUAACAAUGUAUCAGAACAGUGCCAAAGUCUUACAUAUGGCUGUUAGAGACCUAGUCAGGUCUGUCUUCAAGUGUGACAUGUCUGUGUUUGAUGCCUACAUGCCUUGGAAGAGAAAUUUGUCCGAUCUGUUCCAGUGGGCAGUGAGUCGGGCACUCUGUUCAGCUCCUGCCUGUGAUUCCUUUCAACGCACCGACAUUACCAAUGAAAUGGCCUGCAAGACCCUUUGUGGCAAGUACCCAUUCAGCAAGGUGGAGGAAGCUUGCAAGACCUAUAGCCACAUUGUCCUCAAGGAGGUCCGGUUCUUUGAUCUGACAGUUCUCUAUCCCCUUCUCACUGACCUCUCCCUGAAUCUCAAAAUCAUUCACUUGGUGCGUGAUCCCAGAGCUGUUGCCAAGUCACGAGAACAAUCAGUAAAAGCCUUAGCUCGUGACAAUGGGAUUGUUCUGAGCACCAAUGGCUCUAAAGUGGAGGACAGCAAAUAUAAAGUAAUGCAGGAAAUUUGUAGAAGUCAUGUCCAGAUUUAUGAAACAGCUACUCAAAAACCUCCAAGAUUUCUAAAAGAUCGCUAUUUAAUGAUCCGUUUUGAAGAUCUGGUACAAGAUCCCUUAUCAGAAAUCAGAGACAUGUAUAAAUUUGCAGAUCUUAGACUGACUCCCAAACUUGAAAGCUGGAUCUAUAAUAUCACACAUGGCCAGGGACCAGGAAAGAAAAGGGAAGCCUUCAAAAUCACCUCCCGAGAUGCAGUUAAUGUUUCCCAGGCCUGGAGGAAUAUUCUUUCUUUCCAUAAAAUUAAGAAAGUACAAGAAGUCUGCAAAGGUGCUAUAAAUAUGCUUGGCUAUAAACUUCUGGAUUCAGAGAAAGAGCAAAAAGAUUUGUCAUUGGAUUUAGUAGUGCCAAGACGAAGAAACCAGUUCAGUUGGUCAUCAUUCAAUCCGAAAAACUAAGACAUAUUACUUUGAGAGGGUUUUUUUGAAAUUGUAUGUAUCUGCUAUGCAAUGUGUAGGUAGUAUGAAAAGAUUUGCUGUCAAAUUUAAUCCUAGUCCUAGCUGCUAUUUUUUUCAAGUGAUUAUAAAUUUUUUUUUUUCAGUUUCACACACUGGAGAAUGUGAAACAAAUGAGAAAUGCAGCAUGAGAUUUGUCAGUUUGCAGACUUACAGCUGAGAUGAGCUGUUGUGAACACUGCAUCUUGUAAAUAUUAUAAUUUAAUAUGUUAAACUAUAUGUCUUUCAAAUGCAAAUUAAUGGGGAUGGAAAAUGUCUUUAUUUAUUGAGUAAUACUUUAAUUUUUAAACCUUGAUUAAACUCAGGAUAACAUUUGAUUAAAUAUUUUAAGGAAAUCUCAACAUUAUCUCAAAAACAAAUGCAUGGAAAUCAGGAUGACAUAAAUUCUCUCAGCUUUCUGCUUUUAUUUUAUUUUAUUUUUUUUAGUAUUCCCUGAUUUGUUAUUGUCUUUUGUAUUCUCCCCCCAACACCCUUCCAAGCUAUUUUGCAGCUCUGUGUUUUUGAAAACUUGUCUGAAUCUUUUUGUGUUUUUUAAUUUUCAAUAGUGCAGUUCAUCCUGGGAAGUCCCAGAGAACUGGGGUUACUUCUAAAAAUGACCUAUCUUUGGUUCAGCUGUGAAAUCCUGAAUUAUUUUGUCAAUAGAUUUACCUGUGCUCUGAUCUGAAUGGCAGAGUUCUCACCAGCUAUUUGAUCAAGGCACUGGAGUAGAGCUUUUGCAUUGGAGUAUGGAAUCUAAAAGCAGAAAAUAGAAGUAAAAGAUUAGAAUGAGGGAAUCAUCGUGGUAAUAGCCUGUUCAGAAGAACAUAGUCAUAUGCUCUAUAACUCCAUGACCCACACAAUAGAAACAGACCUGCUUCUACAAUCUGUAUAAUUUACAGCUUUUUUUAAAUCAAAUUCUAGUUGUAAUACUGAAAAGUCAAUUCUUAAUGAAAUUCACCACAACAAAUAUGUCUGCCUUUGAAGCUUGUGUGUUAUUUAUACUUCUGUAUGCAAUUCUUUGACAGAAACAAAUCUUGAAGCAGAAAUAAAGACUAGUUUAAAACUCUUCAUCUGAACAAAGGCAUUACAUCAUCUAACAUUUAAUCAAUUUUGGAUACACAGUUAAUAUUAAUUGAGGGAAAUAAACUCAUAAUUUUGGAAGUGGUUUGGGCAAAUCUCAAGUAUA